AUGAUUGAGAUUAUUCUUGGUUUACAAGGAGAUGUUCCCGCGGAUUCUCGAAAAGGAGUUCCUUAUGUUGGUGGAAACAACAAGGUUGCUUCUUGUGCAAAGCAUUUCGUUGGUGAUGGUGGCACAACAAAGGGUAUUAACGAGAACAACACAGUGACUGACUGGCAUGGACUACUCAGUAUUCAUAUGCCUGGUUAUUAUAAUUCAAUCAUCAAGGGUGUAUCAACCAUCAUGGUUUCGUACUCAAGUUGGAACAGCGAAAAGAUGCAUGCUAACCGUGAUCUUGUUACUAACUUCCUCAAAGACACUCUUAAUUUCAGGGGAUUCGUCAUUUCCGAUUGGCAAGGUAUUGACAGGAUUACUUCACCAGCAGGAACCAACUAUACUUACUCCGUCCAUUCUGGGAUUAAUGCCGGCAUUGACAUGAUCAUGAUUCCAAUGAACCACACUGAUUUUAUCCAUGAUCUAACCUACCUGGUUGGGAAGAACGUAAUCCCCAUGAGCAGGAUUGACGAUGUUGUGAAGAGAAUUCUGAAGGUAAAAUUCAUGAUGGGCGAGCAACCAUAUGCAGAGACAACGGGGGACAACCUUAACUUAACAAUUCAUGAACCUGGUUUGAGCACUAUGAAGAACUUUUGUGGCUCUAUCAAGUGUGUUGUUGUUGUUAUCUAUGGACGACCUCUUGUGAUUGAACCUUAUCUAUCAGAUGUUGAUGCUCUCGUAGCUGCAUGGAUCCUGGAAGUGAAGGUCAAGGUGUAUCAACAUUGCAAGGAUGCCUCAAAAUACUUUAAUGAGCAUGGAAGAUCGAGAAGAUGUCAGAGGUAA